GAUGGAUUUUGCUAAUCAUUGCCACCUGCUAGUACAUUACGGUUGAACAGCUUCCUGUUUGAAUUUCCACUGAUCAAAGUAAUAUAUCGGAUUAAAACCUUUUAUAAUUAAAAGAUAUUCUACGCCGGAGAUUGAUUGUAUGAAUUUCGAUUGAAAUCCAAGAUGAAAGUCGUAGCUGCGACAGUGUGAAAUGAACUGGAGGUAACAAUAUUUGAAGGAAAUGAGUCCGCUGAGUUUGCUGCUGAUCGUCUACCAACUAUUAAUAAUUGUCUGGGGAAAGCACCUUCCUUUGAAGAAUGAUAAUAAACGGAAAGCUUACCCAAGGCAAAUGAUUAUCCCGAACAAAUUUAUCCCAAUGCUGAAGCAGUCUGCGCUGUUCAAGGCCCGAUCUUCGUCUAAUGAUUUGUCCAACUUCUUAAAGCGAAAGUCCCACAACGAAGUGACUGGCAAAACCAGGCAAAAUUUGAUGAGCGCAAUGGGAAUGGAUUCAGGGCCUUCCCAGGAGGAGGGUGGCAUGGGAAUCGGUGGAAUGGGACCCGGAGGAAUGGGCCAAGGGGGAAUGGGAUCUAUGGGUGCUAUGGGUGCUAUGGGCGGAGGGAUGCCAAAUAUGGCUGCUAUGGGUGGAAGUGAAGGAAUGGGUUCAGAUAAUGGAGGUGGUGGCCUUGAAGAUGCAGCUAAAAUGGCUGGUAUGGGAGGACAAGGUGGUAUAAGUGAUCAAAUGAGUGCUUUGAAUAACAUGGGUGGGAUACCCAAUUCGCAGGGAGGUUCCAAUCCUUUAGCAGGACUCAUGGGUGGGAACAAUGAAAUGAAUCCUAUGAACAAUGGUGGAUCCGAGGGAAUGAUGUCUGAUUCCAACCAGCCUCCUGCUGGAGAUCCAAUGGGAACUUUAAAAUCGAUGUUAGAUACUCAAGGGACUAAUGCUGCCUUAGGAACUAACGCGGAAGCAUUUGGACCAGGUGGUUCGGCGAACACAAAUGUUUUAGCGAUGUUGAAUCAAAUUGUUGGGAAAGAAAUGCCUGGAGAUUCUCCAGUUGAUCCCAGCUCUAAGCAACAACAAAUGUGGGAUCAAUUGCAGAAUAAAUUCAGCAACGCAAGAGAAGCAGUGCAGCCAUAUCUUGAUACAAGUGAUUCUAAAAGUUCGGCCGGACCACAGCAGGCGGAUGCACCUCCUACCCCUCCGACCAAUAAUAAUCCCCCUCCUGCCUCGAGUUCCUCUCGUCCAGAGACUCCCAGCCUUAACCAAACCACACCUACUCCUGUUUACAACUUGACAGGCCUUGCCAGAGCGAAAUCCAGUUCCAAUGAAAACGUACAAUCGGUUAGUCCGCCUGAGAGUGGUGGAGUGGAAAAUUCACCUUCCCACACCACAGCCACUCCGGACGCCAGCGUUACAAGCAGCCAUGCGAAAACGUCCAAUGCCAACGUCAAGUCAAAAGCAUCGAGUCAUGAAAAUAGUGUAACCAAGGCAACCUCAAAUCCUUCAGAAAUCGAACUAGAUGACGAUCAACCGCUUUCUGAUGACAUGGUGAAAUUUCUGAAAGGAGUAAAAUUUGUGGUCUCGCAAGAGCCGGGUAACGAUAUAAUAUUGGGAAAGAAAUUUACCAGUGACGUGUCACCUGCUUCAAGCAGUUUGAAGGAAGAAAACGGAGUAAUGAAAAAUCUUGUGUCUGAGAACAAUAUACUAAAAAAAGGUAAAAACAGUAUUUCGGUGGAAAAAGGAAACCGAGAAAAAGCAGCAGCUGUAGUGAGAGAUCUAAAGGGUGUCGAUUUGUCGUACGCUAGGAAUGUACUACUCCGGCGCCAUGUGACGAAUAACGAUAUUGUCAAAUACCAGAAAGCUGCAAGGGUCCUUCAGAGUGCCUCGAAGAAAUUAAAGGAUCCUAUUGCCAAGAAAAGCACUGAAAUCGCCAUUUCUUCGAUUUUGAAAGUUCUUGAUUUAGAAAACAAAAAGAAGACUACAUCUUCCCCGAAAGAUGAUCCGCUGACUGGUGGGGACGUGAAAACUGCUCUUUCAGAAAAAUAUUUUGAAGCUGCUAGAGUUUUAGGAACGGCUUCAAAGAAGCUAGCCGACCCCGUGGCAAAGAAGAGUGCUGAGAUAGGGAUAGCCUCUAUUUUGAAGGUUAUUGCGUUGGGAAAUUAUUCAGUUUCUAAGAAAGAUUUUGUUCCCUUACAUUACCACAAAAACUACAUCGGGAAAAUGUAUUUUAACCCUGGGCCAAAUCGAAAAAGAAAUCUAGUCGCAGCGGGCGAAGUGGCUCGUGAAUUAACGACAGUAUCAAGAAGAAAACCUACGAGUGUCAUUAAACAUUGAACAGUGAGUACAAUCCAGUGUACAUCCCUCUAUACAGAUUGAACAAUGGAAAAUACAAUCAAGUCUUUUGUAUUUAGUAUGCAUAGCGUACGCGUAGCAUUCUGAUUUGUGUAAAAUGUAAAAAUGUAAGCAAAGAGUUAAAGGUGGUAAGAUGCACUAAAGCUGCGCCUUAAAUUCCACUCGUUAACACACUGAUUCACAGGCACAUGCUUCGACAUAUAAAAUCAAUGAACUUUUCUUUUAGGCCACGUUACUAGGCUUUCGCAUCACCUGAAGUAUAUAUAGAGUAUAGUGAACGUUAUCUUGUCUUAAUUGAUUGGAGACUGAAUAAAACACUUGAUAGCAACAUUAUAGUUUGCGGAAGAAAGUGGUUUAGAUUAUUCCAAUCCCAAAUUUCAGUAAAAAUUACCUAUUAUUUAACAAUUUUCCAUUAUUUAUUAUAUUUUAUGGCGGAAACCUGAUCAUUUUUGUAGUUCAAAUAUAGCACGAGUAUGUAUUUCGCAAUUUUCGCGAUCAUAAUAAUUCCUUCAUCUCAAACGAGGCCGUUGAUAAGUCGCCAAGCUGCAAUUUAUUUACUUCAAAAGACAAAUGCUGCAACAUGGCAUGUAAAUCCAUUCGUCAUUCGGUGCGUGCUGCGAAUAAAAUAUUUUUUAAUUAACGUGAAAUAAUGAAUUGAAAUAGAAAAAUGGACUCUUAAUUGAGCU